GAAUGGGUUUGGGUCUACUAUUCGCUCACUUGAUCUUCGAUCUCCAGCUCAAACAAUAAGCUGGAAUUAGUGCUAACUGUUUAUUUUUUAGCUUUAAUUUGGUGAAUAUUGAUCUUUUGUAUAUGAUUCAAGACUCAAGAGUGAUUAUUUUCUUACUUUGUUUAGAAGAAUUGGCCUUCCUUCCUGGUUUUGCUUCUGAUUCCAUUAAUUGACAUUAUGUGUACAUAAUACUUGUUUUCAUGGGAGCCUUUAUUCUAGCAUUGAUUAUGACUUUGUUUUUGUCCAACUGACUGCACAUUUUGGUUUGAAUUAUAUGCACAUCCAGUCGACGGCGGAUCUAACUGCUAUUAAUGACCAGCAAAAUUAUUAUGAAGCAUAAUUGAGUUGUGUAGCAGCUUAUUGUGCAGGGACACUUCUUGAUUUAGUUGAUUUGUGAAUGAACUCAGGAUAGAUAACAUGAACAAUUGGGAAAACAACCCUGAAAUUUGGAGUUGAAACGUAAUUGUUUAUUUGAAGAGUUUAAUUUAAGGUUAAUUUUUAAGUGAGUUUAUUAAUUGAGCAGAUAUAUUGGCAAUUCAAUAUUGAUGUUGGCGACUAUAUUUUAAUUGGUGAAAAAAGAUUUGAUGAUUAAAGUAUGAGGCGAAACUUAAAAGAAUUUUAGGGUGUGUUUGUUUGUGGGUUUGUUUUUUUGGUUUGGAUUUAUGAAUAGUAAAAUAUUGAAUUUGAAUAGUUGUUUGAUAUGAUAUAAAAAGAUAUUGAUGUGUUGUUUUGAAUGUAAAAUAAAUUUGUAGUAUAAUAUAAAAAAAAAUUAAUUGUUUGAUUUAAUAUUUUUAGAGGGAAAACAGAAUCUGAAUAGUAAAAACUUGUGGUAAAAUCCACAAAAGAACACAACUUUAGUAUAUAUUAUGUCGGAACUUGUAGCUUGAACAAUAAUUACUGAAUAUAUGUCAUAAGUUAGCAAUUGUUGAGAUGCCUUUGGUAUAUAUAUAUAUUUUUGAUGACGAGAUGCCUUUGGUUUAUUGUUAGCAUGUGAUGCGGGUGUGAUCAAAAUAUAAUAUGAUGUGACAGACUAAGUUGGUCAGUUGAAAGGACGUUUUAGCUUUGGGAAGUGCCUUGAGCAGCGAUUUUGGAAUACAUCUAUAUCCUGUGGUUACAUAAGAUUUAUCAAGUUUCUAUCCGUGGUUUAGUUUUGGUAUAAUUACUGUGACAACUCAUGGGCACCACAUCGGAGGAAGAAGAAUAUGCCUCUUUCCUGGAGAAGGUGAAAAGGACAAUCUAUGUCGACAACUUGGCACCUCAAGUGACUGAAUCAGUAUUGAAAGCUGCAUUCAAUCAGUUUGGAAAUGUGAUUAGUAUUCAGAUCACACCCAACUAUCUUGAGUCGAAAAGCAUGCCUCAAUCGGCUUUGGUGGAGAUGGAAACCCCCAAACAGGUGAAAGAGAUUGUGUUUCAGAUGGCAAAUUUCCCAUUCAUGAUAUCUGGAAUGCCCCGGCCAGUCAGAGCCUACCCUGCAAAAAUGGAGAUGUUUGACGACUGUCCUAGGAAACCAGGCAGGAAAAUAGAGUGCCGUUGGUUGGACCCAAAAGAACCCGAGUUUGAGGUAGCCCAGAAAAUUAAGCACACUGUGAGAAGACAUGCUGCAGAAGCAUCACUAGUUCUUGAGCAACAACGUAUCGAGGAAGAAAAGCUUGGAAACCAACAGAGUGAAAUGUUGAAAUCUCAUUACAAGAAGUUUGAGCUUCUGGAAGGUGUCUUCGAUGACGGGACCACUAAACAUUUAGCGCGGCAUUACAACAUGCCACUGUCUGAUUCUUGAUCUGCUUGGGGAUAAAAUGUGAGGUAACUCUUUACCUGGAAAAUGAGUAUUUAUUCGCUUAUGUUUUUCAGUUUUGAUCAGCCAAGUUACCUAACUUAAUUCUCUGCAUAUCUUUAAUUAAAUGCAUUAAUAAGUGAGACAUAUCUUUAGUAAUGUAUGACUAGGCUGAAGUAUCAACCAUUUUUUUAACUAAGCCGGAAUUGUAAACCUGUGUGUAUCAGUAGUUGUUUCUUUCGAUAUGCAUAUUGCAUGUGUACUAAAUAUUUUCAAAUUUAGUUUGAAAAUAGUAAAAGUUAAAAGCCAAAUUAUUUUUUUACGGAACGAAAAUGUGUUUGAUGUCAUAUUUAUAUUUUAAUGAAAUAUGUGUCUUUGAUGUAAUAUUUUAAACUGAAAAUUUUGUGUUGGCUAAAGGUUUGUUUUAAUUUUAUUUUGUAAAUGAAGAAUAAUGUUUGAUGGAAGAAAUUAGAUGCAUUUUUUGUUUGUCAUUUAUUAGCCUUUUUGUAGAGCAAAGGAACUGAUGUAACAAUACCAAAAUUAGAGAUUGGAUAAUACAAAAACGAAGCUUUUGUUAUGGAAUACUAAUAUAUAUAAGAAUUAGGGACAAUGGGGGAUAAAUCUCUCCUUGUAUAAUUGAAUUAACAUUCAGUCCCCGUUACUAAUAAAUUAUGCUGCACUUCUUCCUUUUCCAUUUCACUUAAUCUCAACUCCUAUCCAUCUCGAUCCUCUCUCUCUACCUACCAAAAAGUGAUUGUUAAAAAUUGCACGAAAUCGGAGCUAAAAUCCGGCGAGGAAGAAACCUGCCAUCGGAAAAUUGACACUGCAGUUCGGUCGGGCAAUUUGCAGUGCUUUCAAAGACCCAUUUCUCACUAUGCAGGUUCCUCCAUUAUGCGAUUUUGCUUCCCCUCCUAUCUGAGGCAAAGAUCGACGGUGGAAUUCUUGCAAAGUUAAUAAUUUUGUCAUCUCUCGGAUUCUCCGGGAUAUGGCUCGAUCCACAUAUUGGUAAAGUGCUGAUUUGUAUGUUGAAGUUUCGGAUGCCUUUGCAGCAAUGGUUUUGCCUGGUUACCUCCCUGUUUGCUGAUAUUCAAGUUCAAUUAGUGAUCUCUAAUUUUUCUUCCAUUGCUCCAUUGAUUGAUCAAUUUUGGCAAUGAAAUUCAAUCUUGGUGAACUUGUUGCUCGUUGUGGGCUGGAGUUUGAAAAAUUUUCACCGGGUGUUGAUCUUUUAGUGU